AUGUACUAUUUGAUUCGGAUAUUGGUUGUUGUAAUACUAUUUGAUUCGGAUAAAGAUGAUUGGAAUAUUGAUAAUAGGUCAGUAUUUGAUCAAAGAAUAAUGAAUAAAGAAAAUAUAACAAUUAUUAUUGAAAAUGAAGAAGGAAAUAAAUUUGGAGGAUGUGUUAAUUCUAAAGUUGAUGGUUAUAUAUAUGAUUUAAAUUCAUUUGUAUUUUCAUUAGAAUCAAAUGGAAGAUUAGAAUGA